AUAAAGCCUCAAACUAGAUCUUUCUGCUGCUCCUCUGUUGCCUGGUGAGCGUGAACGCGCCUGGCUGAUGCUGAUGCUGAUGAUGGGAGAGAGAGAGAGAGAGAGAGAGAGCCGUCGUGAACGCGCCGGCCCCCUGUGUGGUGGUGGUGGUGGUGUUGUUAGUGGUGGUGGUGUAUGUGGGAGCAGGAGGAGAGACUCUGCAGUGUCUUGGCAGCUGCAUUAGUGCAUCUCCCACCGUCCGCGAUGCCUCCACGGCCAAUGCCUGCCUCCUCCUCCUCCUCCUCCGCGUCCACUUGACAACGCAAACCGACAUGAACUCGUCGGGAAACUGAGCCACCAGCUCGCUGCAUGCCCCCCCGGAGAUAGUCCGGAGCCUCUCUUCAUUCACGCACCGAUACAAAAAAAAAAAAAAAAAAAAAAAAAACCCGUGACGAGAAUUGUUAAUGGAAAAUGGCGAUAGGCAAAAGGUCUUGCAGCAUCGUCUGCUUGGUAUCUAUCCAGAUUAUCUUGAUUUUCAGCGCAUCGUGGCCUGGAGCAGCGGCUCUCACGUUCCCACAGCAAUACACGAUAAUGCACUGGGCCAGGCGUAUCGAGCAGGAGAUUGACAGAGUCUUUCAGCACAUCACUGGAGCUCAGCAGUUGAAAGGGAUAUACAAUGAAGAAAGACGACAGUUCAGUCUGGUGAGGAAUCAGCCUCGGAAGAUUGUGGAGAAGGUGGCGUCGGAUAUAGAGAAACUCCUGGCUAAGAAGCGCAAAGCACUCGAUAGAUUGGCCAGUGAAGCCGAGCGGCUCCAACGAGAGCAUCCAUGGCAGGAUGGAAUCAAGGAGCUGGACAUGGCUUAUUAUGACUCAAAGGCAGAGCUGGAUUAUUAUUCCAUGGAUGGAGAAGGAGAGGUGGAAAAUCCUUCGCACAUCAAGCUGGAGUUUGUGUAUGAUCCAAACUUCAAAAACAAUGUCAACUACUCCUACACGGCUGUUCAGAUACCCACAGAUAUUUACAAAGGAGCUCCAGUCAUUCUGAAUGAGUUGAACUGGACACAGGCGCUGGAGAAAGUUUUCAUGGAGAACAGCCAGGAGGAUCCGUCACUGCUGUGGCAAGCAUUCGGGAGUGCGACAGGUGUCACUCGCUACUACCCAGCUACGCCUUGGAAAGCUCCUGAUAAAAUCGACUUGUAUGACGUCAGGAGGAGGCCCUGGUACAUCCAGGGAGCCUCAUCCCCCAAAGAUAUGGUCAUCCUUGUCGAUGUGAGCGGCAGUGUUAGUGGACUCACCCUGAAACUGAUCAAAGCAUCAGUGAUGGAAAUGCUGGACACUCUGUCUGAUGAUGACUACGUCAACGUGGCCAGGUUUAACGAGAAGGCAGAAGCUGUGGUUCCCUGCUUCAAACAUCUCGUUCAGGCUAACGUACGCAACAAAAAGAUCUUCAAGGAUGCAGUGCAGCAGAUGCAGGCUAAAGGCACCACUGACUACAAAUCCGGAUUUCAUUUUGCUUUCAACCAGCUUUUAAAUAAAACAAAUGUCCCGCGGGCCAACUGCAAUAAAAUAAUCAUGCUGUUUACUGACGGAGGAGAGGACAGAGCUCAGGAUGUCUUCAUGCAAUACAACUGGCCCAACAAAACAGUUCGAGUUUUCACCUUUUCUGUGGGUCAGCACAACUAUGACGUCACACCUUUACAGUGGAUCGCUUGCACCAAUAAAGGUUACUAUUUUGAGAUCCGUUCCAUCUGUGCUAUAAGGAUUAACACCCAGGAGUACCUCGAUGUGCUGGGACGCCCCAUGGUCUUGGCAGGCAGCGAUGCCAAGCAGGUUCAGUGGACCAAUGUGUAUCAGGACGCUUUGGGUCUUGGCAUGGUGGUAACUGGGACUUUACCUGUAUUUAAUCUCACUAUGGAUGGAAACUCACAGAAUCAGCUGAUAUUAGGCGUUAUGGGAGUCGAUGUGCAUCUCGAUGAGAUAAAGCGACUAACACCACGGUAUAAUCUUGGAGCCAAUGGAUAUAUAUUUGCUAUUGAUCCAAAUGGUUAUCUUCUCCUUCACCCUAAUCUUCAGCCAAAGCUCGUGAACCUCCCUGAACCUGUGACACUGGACUUCCUGGAUGCAGAGGUGGAGGACAGCAAUAAAGAGGAGAUCCGGCGACAAAUGAUUGACGGAAGACCAGGUGAAAUGCAGAUCAAAACUCUUAUCAAGUCCAUUGAUGAGCAAUACAUCGAUGAGGUGUACAGAGGUUACACUUGGACUCCUAUCAACGGUACAGAUUACAGUCUUGGUCUGGUAUUACCACCCUACAAUGAGUUCUUCAUCAAGGCAGACCUGAGUGAUGUGAUGCUGCAGCUUCAGUAUAUGCAGUCGUUGCUUCCCAGCUCCUUUGAAUCUGCAGGCCACGUGUUUCUGGCUCCAAGAGAAUACUGCAAACGUCUGCAUCUUUCUGACAACAACACCCAGUUUCUGCAGAAUUUCCUGUCGCUCAUGCUGGACAUUUCCCCAGAAUCUGAUGAAUGUGACCAAGGCCUCAUCCACAACCUGAUUUUGGAUUCAAGGAUUAUUGGACAGCUGGCCUCUCGUGUUUGGAAGAACAAGGACUUGAAUUCGUACGGCUUCCUGGCUGUAUUUGCGUCGACUGAUGGAGGAAUAACACGGGUAUUUCCCAACAUAGCUGCUGAGUUAUGGGAUGAGGAUCCUGAACCCUUCAAUUCAAAUUACUACAGACGGAGCCUCGACAACAAAGGCUACAUGUUCAGAGCUCCAACGAGAUCCUCCUCGGACGAUCCUGUAGGCGCAGAAAAUGGCACAGUUGGUAUUCUGGUUAGUUCGGCUGUCGAGGUUAAUUUAGGAGGCAAACUGCUCAAACCAUCAGUGGUCGGAGUGAAGCUGGACUUGGAAGCGUGGGUGGACAAGUUUAAGAUCCUGGCCAGUAAUGUGUCAGACAGUCGACAGGGCUCACACAAGUGUGGACCAUCCAGAAGUUGUGAGAUGGACUGUGAAGUGAACACCGACGACCUCCUCUGCUAUCUCAUUGAUGAUGGCGGGUUCCUGGUUAUGUCCAAUCAGAGAGACCACUGGAAAAAGAUUGGUCUUUUCUUCGGUGAUGUGGACCCUUACCUGAUGCACGCACUCUACAACAACUCAAUCUUCACUCGGCGUCAGUCUUUUCACUACCAGUCUGCAUGUGAACCAGUCAGCAGCAGCCACACCGGUGCAGCACCGAGAGGCAUCUUUGUGCCAUCCAUUGCUGACAUGCUCAGCUUGGCAUGGUGGACAUCCACAGUGGCAUGGUCUGUUAUCCAGCAGCUACUGUAUGGACUGGCCUACAACAGCUGGCUCUACCAAGAUGAUGUCCUCGUUGAUGGUUUUGAGACAAAAGAGAGCAGCUGUGUCACCAUUCAAAGCCAGUUCUACUUUACAAACACCACCAACUCCUACAACAUGCUGCAGGACUGUGGAAACUGCUCACGGCUGUUCCACGCAAAGCGGAUAGACAACACUAAUCUCCUCUUUGUGGUGGCUGAGACACUCCCCUGCAGCUCGUGUGAGAUUGAGAGACUGACACAGGUCAGGACAGAGUUUCAGGAGGAGAAUCCAUGCGAAGUACUGAGCAACGCACGAUAUCGUAAAGGCCCGACUUCCUGCUUUGACUACAGUGCCUUAGAAAACACGUCAGAGUGUGGACGGGGUCAUGCUCUGCAGUCCUCCAUAGGAGUCCUUCUCUUUAUUCAGCUUAUUCUGCCUCUUUUUCAUCUCUGACACGCACAACACUCUGACAUCUUUCAUCUCUUUGGGUUUAGGCUCGGAUCUACUGAAGGUCAGAUCAAACAGCAAUUGCAAAAUUCUUCUUUUUUUGAUCUCACAGCGCGUUUGUGCUUUGGGGGAGAGAAAAAAAUACUCGGAUCAGCUCAUCGCGUUUUUUGCCUUAUUGCUUACGCAUUUGUUGGUGUUUCGGGGCUUGAGUGCAAAAUAUAGUAAGAGAAUGUGUUGAGUGUGCAUGCUACUUAAACUAGGACAAGCAUGUUUAAAAAUAUUUGCACACAGGCUUAGCCAUGUAAUCACCAAAAAGUCAGGCGGCAGCUGAAAUUUACUUUUGAAUAAAUAAUCACCCAGCUGGAACAGACGUCAGUAAAAAGUUUAGGUUGGAUUAUGGUGGUGAAAUCGUAAAAGAUCUAAAAACGCAUCUUCUUCUUCUUCUUCUUCUCGUCUAAAAACUCUUGAAUAAAGUUGUAGAAAUACAAAUAAAAGGAGAGAAGCAUUAGCAACAAAAUUAACUUUAAGUAUUAGAAGUAAAAAUGCUCAUUUGACAGCAGAAUGGACUUUAUCUAUUAUCUUACCGUAUCGUGCACUAUAUUAUAGAUUGUUAUUAACAUGUAAGCAGCGUAUUAAUGUGGCAGCUCAUCAAGAUGGAGCUAAUUUUCACAACUUUGUAUAUUGUUGGUUAGUUUUAUGUAUAACAAUCAUUAAAAAAAAACAAUUUUAACAAUGUUUUCCUCAAUAAUAUUGAAGUAUUAAUGAUGGCAUUUUACCAACAACACUGUAGUCAAGUAUAGUACUUCAACAAAUGUACUUUCCAUCACUGAAAACACAAAGUGUUCUGAGUUUUUAGAUCUUUUGGUGAUUCACUGCUGGGUAAAUCUGUAUCUACACAACUGACAGGUUUACAUUAUGCACACCACACUAAGCUCAUUAAGCUCACUGCUGCAGCACGAACAUGUAAAUAAAUAAACAGAAUCUGCUGCCGGUUGAGCUUCACAGUUCAGACGUCCUCCUGUGGUUUUCUCAGACUCUGCUGCUUCUGGAAAACUUUCUGCUUUUGUUGGCUUUGUGAAAUUCAAAACUGAAUUAUCUGUGCCGGUUUUUAUUUGCAUGUCCAGUCCUGGUAAAUGUGUUUUUUGCACACAAAGGAGCUUCUGCACCUACAGCUAAUUUUUAACAUGAUAGUAGAUCCGGGCCUUAACCUUACAUUAACUUCAGUGUCUUUCAAUCCACCUCUGACCUUUGCCAAGACAGUUACAGUACUAUAACUUGUAUCGUACAUGACAAUGACCCAGAAUGACUUCCCUCUGAUAUCUCAAGUACACCCUGGCUUUUAAAUCUUUAAAUCUGACCAGAUUUCAGACAGAAUCAGAAAGUAUUUACCCCCCUAAAAAAUAUUUUCUUAAAGCACUUUGACUUAUAAGACAUGUAAGUGAAGCCAAGAUAAAAAGAAAAAUCAGCGUUAGACCUCUGGCAAGAUUUUGCAACACCUAUCAGUAAUUAAAUAUAGUUUCAUUGAUACAAAGAUUGCUCAAGUCAAGGUUUGUUUGUUUGUUGAAACGCUUCCACAGAGACUCGUUAUGAUCUUGAAGUGCUUCCAGCCGAUCCAAAUUAUUGAAGGCCGUCAAAUCAGACAAAAACAGACCAAAAUGAUCAAAUGUUACCAGUGACUACUAAAUCCACCAAACCACUGCAAUACUGCUGUAAUAAUCGGACAUUCUGAUAGUGACUAUCACGACCAUCCAUUCAUCAUAAACUUUAAGUAACAUACAUGUAGUGUUAUCUCUGUAGUCUUAUAGCACAACACAAAUAGUCAGUGUGUGGCCGACAUGUUUUUAAACGUAUUAGAUCAGUUGUUUAAAUGAAAUCUCUCAGUCCUUUCUGUUUAUUUUUUGUAUCUUGUAUCGCCACUGUCUGUCGAACCUGAAUUUAUGCACUUAUGUAUGCUUCUGUAUGGGGAAUGUAGCUUCUGAACAGCUUUCGGUGUUAUCAAUAUGUUAUCAGUGUGUGAUGCUUUUUGACCUUCUGUUGAGGUUCCCCUGAUGUCUCACUGAAAGCGAUGAUUCACUGUGGCAGAACAUUUGAAUCUUAUCAUGCAUGCAGUACCUCGUCAUGACAUCUGACUCAACUUUUCUAUAAAUUCCUGAAGCUGUAAGGAGUCGCGGCGAAAUGUCUGUCUGGUGCUGCAUGAACUGUUGCACUAAAAAAAAGUUUGUCAGGGUUAAAACUCUUUUUGUUUUGUGUGAUUUGAUGUGGGUACAUUGGUUGUUUAGCCUAUAAAAUAGUGACAAAAUAAUGUCAGCUUGGGCUGACGUCUUUAAAAGAUUUAUUUUUGUCUGACCGACCCCAAAAAUAUUCAGUUUAAAGUGACAUAAAUCUGGGAAAAGCAUCACACAGAAGCUGGAACAAACACAUCUGGCAUUUUGCUUGAAAAAUAAGUUCAUUGUUUAACAUAUUUGGCAAUUUUCAGAUUAUGAUUCAACUAGUUUUAAGGCAUACAUGUCAUUUGUUUAAAGCGUAAACAGGAUUUCAAUCUUGCUAUCUAUUGCUGCAGCAUACGUGAUGUUAAAACACAUUAAAUGUGUUGAUUAUUGUGCUAUAUUAUAUAUCCAGACAUGUUUUAAGACAAAAAAAAUAUUGUUAAAAAUGUCUUCUUUCUCAUAUCGUUCAGUUCAAAAGUUAAACUGCUGGACACGAGAUUUCUUCUACAUCACUGUAAAGUCAUGUCUCAUUGUUGCAUCCUGGACCAAGCUAGUUUUAAUGUCACAAAAAUCCUGAACUCAGAUUUGAAACGUUCCCACCUUCAUAAGAUGAAUGUGAAAACAGCUUGUUAGUGUCAAACUCUGCCCAUUCAUUACUAUGCACAAUAAAGGUCAAACAUCUACAGCUGAAGUAAGAGUAAGUAAAGCACAUUUCGGAGUCAGAGGGAGACUUUAAAUUAUUCAGAUGGAUAAGACAGUGGUGGAGAGUUAUGCAUGAUAAGAUCCUGAAGACGUUCUCCCACAGUGAUUCAUCAGCCCCUGAUGUCUUUUUUGUGUUACCAUUUGAUCUGCUUAAAGAGUUAACGGGGGAUAUUUUUAAAAAGCUUUUUUGACAAAACAUUUGUAAACAUGCUGUUUUUCUCCGUCUGCCUGGUGUUCCACCCUCACAGUGCCUUGUUGCACUCAUUCUGGAUGGCAGGAACAUUUCGGAUCUUAAGACGCGCUGACGUUCGUUCUGCAGGCCACGCGAAAGACGCACUUGAAUUUUUUUUCAAGGGUUGCAAUGGUUCAACUCUAAAAAAGGACUUCUCGGUCAGGGAUCAAAAAACGAUGCUAUUCAUGAACUUGUGAAACCUUUUUAAAGGAGCACAGCACAGUUGUGAAGGAGCACAACAGAUGUGUGUCAAGAAGCCGGCCUCCCCCUUUCCUGCCUUCUCAUGGACAGAUGUUUGUCAAAGCGCUCAAAAUGAACCUUUGCUGCCCUUCUGCUUCGUGUCGUUUAUCUUUACACUGUGGUUCAGCCUCGAAUCAAAGCACAGGCACUGUCCAUUUUCACAGAUUCACUUCGCCCCAUCUGCCCACUGUAUAUUCUAUAUUGGAAGCCUGUCGGAAACAUGUGCUUUCUCCAUUAGGACUGACUGAAACGAGUGAAUGUUUAUGUACAGAAUUACCUACUGUUGUGCAUCUCUGCUGUACCCGAGCAUGGUGGGGACCCGGAGAAGCAGAUUAAAGCUCAACACUGUUUGGAGACCUCAGCAAAAAUACUGAUUUCAAAACAACAACAACAACAAAAACA